UCAAUCCCUCCGCAACCAUUUCUUCUGUCAGAUGUCCCAGCCAUCGUCGAGCAUCGUCCAAUUUCCCGCGCCAAUUGGCGGGGUCCCGUUCUCCCGCGACUUUGCUCCAAGCAUCCUUUUCGCCUGCCUCUACGGCCUGCUCGCUUUCCUGGGUAUUUACCGCUUGGCGAGGAGCACAUCCCGCAAUGUUAUGGUAUUUUCUUUCCUUGCGUUUAUCAUUGAAAGAGUUGUUAUCUGGUCCCUUCGGGCUAAGCAAGCACGGACACCAUCCGAAGACUUCAGCCGCAGUCUUACCAUCUACUGGCAAAUCACGUUCAGCAUUGGCUUCCUUGCGAUCCAUGGCAUUAUCCUCAAUCUGCUGCGAUGCCUCGUCGUCCACACGACCAAAGGUACUUCCCCGACGCCAGAGUCUUCACCCACAAUUCAAACGGAGGAGAUGGGUGGCCUGAGAGCCUUUAUGAACAAGUCGAAGACAAGCGUUGCCAUCCCACCCCUUGAAUAUGGGCCUCAAGAGGACCAGCCUCGGAGGCGAGCACUAUAUCGACGCAUGUUCGGCUUACUCGCACUGCUAUCUAUCGCGCCUGCCGUCAUCGGCUCUUUGAUGGGAAAUGGUUACGUCGAUGCUGUGGCGGACCCAAAGGCGGCGGCAUCAGCCGUCCAGGCUCUCAGGCCAGUAGCAACUCUCACCCUGACCCUGACCCAGCUCUGCAUCGCACUGUCGGUUUGGGCGAUACUCAUGAUCCCUCGUGUCAAGCGAAACGCCGUCAUUCUGCUAUUAGCUCUCGAAUUCAUCCUUGCGGUGAUUCCAAUAUACCAUCUCGUCAUCACAGGCGACUGGACGACUUCUCUAAUCUCCACAGCCUCCGGUUCGCAAAACACUUCUGGAGAGAAGGCCGCGUUCUAUGUAUUUCAAGCGCUACCGGAGCUUGCGCCGUGUGUUGCCCUCCUCAUUGUUAACAUGAAGACCACGUUCGAGACAGGCAACUUCGGGGAUGGGAUCAGGGACCCGAAGAAAAAGCCUACUAGUACUCCUGCGGCACAGGGAGCGGCGUAAACAGUGCGAGGAAAGAUUGGAUAUACCCGUAGAAUAUCAUGAAUUAGAAGAGGGACCUGGGACUAUAAUUGUUGAAAUGGAUUUUACUGUAGAUUUUCGAUCUGAACGG